AUGCGGACAUCGCUCUCGCUCCUUGCGCUCGUCGCGACCACCUCGGUCGCCGCCCCCACCGAGGCGUGCGGAAGCAGCAACAACAAGCUUCUCAACGCGGUUGUCGGCAAGGACAGCGCGGGGCAGCCCGAGCUCAGCUUCACCGUGCUGCAGAUUCCCGACAUGCACUACACGGGCAAUGCCUCAUAUGCAUGCCGGGGGCCGCCCCACAUGCCGUGCGGCGAGUACAACAUGACGGACCUCAUCGGCCGGCUCGUGGGCCACGUCCAGCCCAACUUGAUUGUAUUCACGGGCGACCAAGUCGAAAACACCGAAGUCCAGCAUGUUGGCCACCAUAUUGUCUAUCACGGCGGACGAGGUCAAGAAGGCCAUUGA